AUGAACAUGCGUUUCAUACCCCGUUGCGUCGUCACACAGUUAGAAAGCGGCAGCAGAAGAGAAGGAUUCCAUGGCAUACGCCCACUAAUUCUGCUUGCUGCUUCCGCUUUUCCGCUCUGCGUCAGCGAUUCUUUCCCAGUACGGCGUCGCGGCCAGGAGGUAUAUUACCCAACGCUCCGUACCAAACACUACGCGAGUGAAAUUGCAAGGUGUGUCUCAAUGUCGGCAUCGCGCGAACGUGGCGAAGAACCUGACCAUACCCCCAACUUCCUGCCUGGGGUUGAUCGAACAAAGCCUUUCAGUCGGUUGCUUGUUGGCGCUGGAUGCUUCUGGGGCGUGGAAAAGCUGUUCAGGAAGGAAUUCGGAGAUAAGCUUCGAGCAACAACAGUUGGCUAUGCUGGAGGUGCCAGAGAAAACCCGUUGUACAAGGACGUGUGUACGGGGCAAACGGGGCAUUAUGAGGUCGUUGAGAUCCAAUUUUUUGAAGAUAAGACCUCGCUUUCAGAUAUACUCCGAUUCUUCUGGAGAAUCCACGACCCAACAACUUUGAACAGGCAAGGAAACGACGUGGGUCAGCAAUACGGGUCGGCAGUGUUUGUGUACUCUCCCGAACAACGUCGGAUCGCGGAGGCAGUGAAGGAAGAAAUGCAGAGCCACUGGUCGGCCGAACUUACGACCGCGAUAUUUGGAGGGACGCCCAGUUUGCCGUGCGUACGUUUCUGGAAGGCAGAGGAUUACCACCAGUUAUACCUCGAACGAAAUCCUCGUGGCUACUGCAAUCAUCGAGUGCGUUUUUGA